AGUCUAAGUGGAUCGGACUCUGGCUGCUACGGAUGCUGUAGUCACGUGCUGGACGCGUCUGUGGCGAGACCUUGCGUUCAGCCCCGGACCGCCGCUCUGUUUACGACCGUCAUCUUCUGGCUGUCGCCCACCUUCCCCUCACGUCGACACGGCUCUCGAUGCGGCUUGCAUAUGCGACGGCUUGCAGAGGACUCGACGCGAUGUGCUCGCGGUGUGGGAAUGGUCAUGUGGGUGUUAUGUUGCGGUGUUCUCGUGUAUGGUGGUGUCGGCCGCGGUGACGAAGCUGCGUGAUGCACUUACGGGAUCGGAAGAGUGUUGAGCGGGAGGGGUACGAUCCACCUCCGUCCCAAAUUAAAACCAGCGCCGUCCAUCUCCCAACACAAUCUCUGCCAGUCUCUGCAGCCAGCCAGCAAUGCCGAUACCAAUAACCACCUGCGAGUACCGUCUCCCCGAGCCGGACGGCUUCGACAGUUCGACGCUCAAGGAGGCUGCCAUCCACACACCAGAGGCGACCGAAGUCCUUGUCAAAGUUCACGCCGUCUCUCUCCAGUUCCGUGACCUUAUUGUUGCAAGGAGCCAGUACCUCGGACAGAAGGACAAUGCCAUUCCCGGCUCUGACCUGGCUGGGGAGAUCCUCGCCGUUGGCGCGGACAUCAAGGGCUGGGCCGUCGGCGACAAGGUCUCCGCCAACUUUGCUACCGACCACAUCCAAGGCAGCGUCACUGACGAGAUCAAGCGCACCGGCCUCGGUGGACCCAUCGACGGCGUCCUCACCGAAUACAAGAUCCUGCCUGCGCACUCACUCGUGAAGAUUCCGGACGGCUGGUCAUACAUCGAGGCAUCCACUCUCCCUUGUGCCGCAGUGACUGCAUACAACGCCCUCCUCGGCACGAACCCGCUCAAGGCCGGCGACAGCGUUCUCGUUCUCGGCACUGGCGGCGUCUCCAUCUUCGCCCUCCAGAUUGCCGUUGCGAGCGGGGCGACCGUCAUCGCGACGUCCUCCUCCGGCCAUAAGCUCGAGGUCGCGAAGAAGCUUGGCGCAAAGCAUGUCAUCAACUACAAGAAGACGCCCGACUGGGAGCAGGAGGUUCUUCGCAUCACGGGCGGGCGCGGUGUGGACCAUGUCAUCGAGGUCGGCGGUCCGGGCACGAUCAACAAGUCGAUAGCGAGCACGCGCUACGCGGGCACGGUGGAUGUCAUCGGCUUCGUUGCGGGGGCCGGCGACUUGCCGAACCUCCGUGAUCUCGUCCUCAAGACCGUGCUCGUCCGCGGCAUCCUCAUCGGCUCUCGCACACAGUUCGAAGACCUCGUCCGGCUAGUCGACGCAACGGGUGUGAGGCCCGUCGUCGACAAGGUGUUCGCGUUCGAGGACCUACGUGCGGCGUACGAGAAUCUUGAGAGCCAGCAGCACGUUGGGAAGGUCGUUAUUCACGUCGCGAAGGCGUGAUCCGCGCAUCGAGUCGCGGGGAGACGAGAGAGCGAACGAAAUUCAGAUCACCAGGUGCAUAGUAGAAGUGUGUUGAUGAUGUUCGUACGUUGUUCACCAACCAGCACCGUCGCCUGUGUGAGCUCGAACGGAAAGAGCUGACAAAAGCGAGAGCGAGAGGCGCAUUUAGGCGGUAGCGAAACCAGUCCUUUGGAAGCUUCAGCUGUGCACCCGGAGCAGGGAGGCCCAGCCGGGACAUAGCGAGGCGGAGCGAUACCAGUGAUGAUUGAGACAUCAAGGACUCACCUCGGAGGAC